AUGCCAGUAGAUUGCGACGGCGAAGGAAACGGUGGCUGUCCCGGUGCAGGCGCCGAACUGGCAGCACUAGGCAUCACGUCGAAGCUCCCAGAGUUUUGGACGGAAAUGCCAAGGGUGUGGUUCGCGCAGUUCGAAACAAUUAUGGCUCCGCAAAAACAAGGUGACGAAGCAAAGUACGGCCUUGUCAUAUCCAAACUCGGCAAGGAUGCGGUAAAGCAAGUGACGGACAUCAUUGUCUCCCCACCGGCCACACAUAAAUAUAACGCCAUAAAGGAAAGACUCCUAGCUGUGUAUGAAGAAUCGGCUGAGCGGCAGUUCCAGAGGUUGGUUAGUGAAGUAGAGCUAGGCGAUCAGAAACCGUCACAACUGUUGAGACGUAUGAGAGACCUGGCGAGAAAUAGUCACGUGACUGAGAAAGCUCUACAUAACCUCUGGAUAUCGAGACUGCCAGAUCACGUACGAGCUGUUUUGAUGGUAAGCCAAGAUCAGAAACUUGACAAUUUGGCAGCCAUAGCCGACAAGAUAAUGGAAGGAAGAUCAGCCGAGGUAUCAGAAAUAGCCGCCGGCCAACCACAGAUUAUGACAGAGCUGCUGAAUCAAAUCAGUAAACUAACCAUGGAGGUAGCAGCCCUAAAGUCAAACAUGCACCGACGAGAGCAACAUCGAGACUACGGGCGCAACCGAAGUCGCUCACGCCCUAGGUCCAUCUCCCGCCCAAGGAUAACGCCUGACAACCCCAAGUGGUUAUGUAAAUAUCACCUGCGGUACAGACAUCGUGCACGCAACUGCGAAUCGCCGUGCAAUUGGAGAAAACAGUCGGAAAACUAG